AGUUUGCUAAAUGUAAGCAUGGUUUCCUCUCAGAACUAAAUCCCAUAUCCAGUAACAGGAAGAAGAACAUUUGGAGUUCUAAUGAGAAAUGCCUAAUUGUCCUGAUCGGAUUCCUUUAAUACUUUCUUUUCCCUUGGUACUGGUGUUAUAUCCAUUCCAUAUUAAGUUCCAAAAAUUCCUGUCUUUGCUUCAAGUCUCUUAGCUACUGUGAUAAUGUAUGGUCUCUCACUUUCUGACUCUGUAGGUCCUUUAACACUUUAUUGUGAAGGCCUUUUGAAAGAUGAAAUAAGCUAUUACAAAUAGUUCUCUGUUUUCCACUAUCUUAUGAAUUCAUUCAAAGAACAGGAUAGAUCAGUGAGACUGUGUAAUUCGGUUAGACUCCAUUGUGCUGCAAUCUUUGUACUCAUUCCAAGUAAUAUGCAAGGUUUAAUGGUCACUAAACAGCUUUAGAUUUGGGUUGGCCAGAACGAUCUUUGAAUUAAGAACUACACAGAAUACCAAAAUGCAUGAGAGCUGUCUCAUUCUCAAACUUCCUCCUUUCUUUUCUGCAUGUUUCUCCUUUUUGUGUGAUACAUAUCCUUUUCUCUCUCAUUCACUUUCCAUAGAAAGACAAGGGUAAAGGGCAGCUGAAGAAAGAAAAUUAUAUUCUUUCAAAAGAUAAAUUAUCUGGACUCGUUACUGUGUAGUGCUGCCUAGAACAAGGGAAAUCUAGAGCCCUUAGGACCAAGUGUUAACUGGGAGUGCUAGAGCUACUGUGGAGGUAAGUUCCUCCUUCAGCAUGAGUUGAACCUAGAUCAAUCAUUGAUUUGAUGGCACAAAGCAUUAGUUCUAAAUGAUAUAAACCUUUCAGAAGGUAGAUUAUAGAGCGUAUCCCUCCUCACUAAAAGGCAGUAAGAGUUAUACCUCCUGGGACAAAUAGUGUGCUGUUGCACCAGGUUUGAACAAAGCCAAUAAUGUUAUUACUGUAUCUGAUUACAAGCUGCUGACUCCCUUCCUUAGAUCUUAUAGUUAAUUUUAAAGCAUCAGGCUGUGAUUAUGAAAGACUGCUAUUAAAUGCAGUGUUAUGUCCCCUAACGUAUGUUUAAUGUAUGUGGUGGUAUGCCCUCAUGUAUUAAGGGUUACAGAUAAGCAUGACAUUCUAGCAUAAGAAGUAUUACUGCUUUGGGAUGCUGUAACAUUAGAAUCCAGGAUGCUGUGGGUUUUUUUCCCCCUCUAAGAUAUUCAUUUCAUAGGACUUCCAUUCAGUAUUCAUAAUUUUUAUGUAGGGUGCUGUUUAACUUAAUACUGAGCUGUCUUCUACUGGAAUGCUUAGUAUUUAGUAUCUAUAGUUACCUUGUGAUAGCCUUUGCACCUAAAAAGUUUUGCAAGCUCACAACUAAGCUAUCAUUUACAGCAGGUUUCUAAUGUGUCUACUUCAAAAAAUCCUCAUUUGGGUUCUAAAUGCAGUCCUGAGGUUGCUGCAGUGAUGUUACUCAGCGCUCCUUAGACCACGUCUAGAACGCUGCAGCUGGGUUUGGGACUCCCACUACAAGAAAGAUGGUGAUAACUGCAGUGAGUUCAGUAGUAGGCCACCAAGAUGGUUGAGGGGACUGGAGCACAUAUCCACUGAGGAAAGGCUGAGGGAGCUGGGCUUACUCAGCUUGGAGAAAGGACAGCUUCAGGGUGAGCUAACAGUAGCCUGCCAGUGCCUGUGAGGAUGUCGCUGAGAAGACAGAGCCAGGCUUUUCACAGAGGGGCGUGAUGGGAGACAACAAGCAUGAGUUUGAGCAAGAGAGGUUCAGGCUGAUUUCAAGAAAAUCCUUUUCCCCAUGAGGAUAGUGAAGCAGUGAAACAGGCACGCAAUCUCCGUUCUUGCAGGUUGUCAAGCCUCAGCUGGACAGAGCUUUUGAGCAACCUGCUUUGAGUUGGUAGCUGAACCUGCUUUGAGCAAGAGGUCUCUCAGGAGACCUUGCAGGAGGUCUCUAGUCUAGCCUCUUUGGUUGGACCCUUUCAAGUCCCCUCCAACCUUCCAACUUGGUUGGACUCUUUCAGGGCCCUUCCAGCCUCACUUAUCCUAUGAUUCUAUGUAUUUCAGCUAGUAAUUAGUCGUUUUGCCUAGAAAAAUGCUCCGGAUAAAGCUUGGAGACUUCCAAGAAAGUCGGGGAACUUAUAGCUGAGUGAUUCUUUUUAACUUUCUUGUGAUCAAGCAAAACACUGAAUAAUUUUGAACAAAUCCUAAUGGCUUCAAUUACUUUUCCCAAAUCUGGCUGGAAACUAUCCCAGUGUGAGAAAUUCAAAGCGUAUUUAUCUCCCCUACUUGGUUAAAAGGGUGUUUUCUUAUUAACAUAUCCAAUUCUUUCUGCUAGUAUAGGUCACCUACAGUCCAGCAGCCCAAGAUACAAAUUCAACUUCAUAGCAGAUGUGGUGGAAAAGAUUGCACCUGCAGUUGUGCACAUUGAACUUUUCCUCAGGCACCCUCUCUUUGGUCGAAAUGUUCCCCUUUCCAGUGGAUCUGGGUUUAUUAUGUCUGAUUCUGGUUUAAUUGUGACUAAUGCCCAUGUGGUGUCAAGCACCAACGCUAUAUCAGGGAGACAGCAAUUGAAAGUGCAGCUACAGAAUGGAGAUACCUAUGAAGCAACCAUCAGAGACAUUGACAAGAAAUCUGACAUUGCAACAAUAAAGAUUCACCCUAAGAAAAAACUGCCUGUAUUAUUACUGGGACACUCUGCUGAUCUGAGGCCAGGGGAAUUUGUGGUGGCGAUUGGAAGCCCGUUUGCCUUACAGAACACUGUGACAACAGGUAUUGUCAGCACCGCUCAGCGAGACGGCAAAGAACUUGGCCUGAGGGACUCGGAUAUGGAUUACGUUCAGACAGAUGCUAUUAUCAAUUAUGGUAACUCUGGAGGACCUCUAGUUAAUCUGGAUGGUGAAGUGAUUGGAAUUAACACCUUGAAGGUUACAGCUGGAAUUUCCUUUGCUAUUCCUUCAGACCGCAUCACUCAGUUCCUCACAGAGUCACAUGACAAACAAAGUAAAGAUGGGAAGAAACGCUUUAUUGGCAUCAGAAUGCUGACAAUAACACCUGCCUUGGUGGAAGAAUUGAAACACAAUAAUCCUGAUUUCCCUGAUGUUAGAAGUGGAAUUUAUGUACAUGAAGUUGUUCCAAAUUCACCUUCUCAUAGGGGAGGGAUCCAAGAUGGAGAUAUCAUUGUUAAAGUCAAUGGACGUCCUUUGAUGACUUCCAGUGACCUGCAAGAGGCUGUGAUGAAUGAGUCACCUCUACUACUUGAAGUUCGAAGAGGAAAUGACGACUUGCUAUUUAAUAUUGAGUCUGAAGUUGUCAUGUAGAUAGAUUUGAGGAAGCUCCCACCGUAAUUAAACUCACUUAUUCUGGAACACUAGAUACCUCCUUUACAGCUACAGUAAUUAUACUUCCUGUUGACUAAUGACAAGGUGGACUAACUUAAUUGCCUGAGCCAUUUCUGUACAUAGUAGCUGGAACAUAGUAGCCAUGUAUAGAAGAUGUAACUUUCAAAAAAAAAUUUAAGAACUGUGUUCUGGGGAGGGAGAGGAGGAAAAAAACUUAGGUGGCUGGUAGAAAUGGGGUCCACUUCCAGUUCCUGUAGCGUUCAGAGCAGAUUCAGUUGUGCAAUUUGAAAGAUCAAAAUAUUGCUGAAAGUGAGGAAACAUGCCAAAAGGGGAAAUUUUUCUUAAAAUUACAGUCAUGGCAGCAGCAGAACCAAGCUAUUUCAAUGCAAAAUUGAGCUUUCUAGAUAACUUUUUCAAUGUGAAACUAGUAUUGGCAAAGCUUGUAUUUGUUCUUAGCGCUUGUAUGCUACGUGUCAAUGCAGAUAGAUUAAAUCUGUAAAUAUUGAAAGGAACAAAAAUGGUAUCAGGCUAUAGAGUGUUACACCUAGGUCAUGCAAUUUUGGAAUAUAGUAAAUGAUUCUUAUAGAAUUAAUGCCUUAUUAUAUAUAAAUCAAAACGAUGUGCUGAACAAAGUUAAGUUUGAGAAAGUGCACAGGUUUUUUUUAAAUUUGAUAAGAAUUAGUUUUGCAUUUUACCAGUAAGCUUUGCUGUAAAAUUGUUAUACUACUUUUGGCUUGUACUGUGUAUGUUUCUACUGUAAGGAGAUAAAAGUUUACACAAAUAAAAUGUUGCUG